ACUUUAAGCAUCUUCAGCACAGGGGAUCUGGUAUCCCAGUCCCGGAGCCAUAGUGCGGCUUUAUUAGAUCAGGCAGCAAUGUACAACAAGUGAAUUAUCGUUUCUGCCAUCAGCGAACCAUUCCAUCAUUUUUGGUCUCUCUUACUACAUCUCUCUCUUUCUCUCUUUCUCACUUACUCUCCAUCUCUCACGUUUUCUCUUAGUACUUGCUCUUGAUCAGAAGAAACCUUCAUUUAGGGAGAAAAGAUGCUCUGGUGGAUCGAUGCAAUGAAUAAUAGAGCAGCAGGUCUGUGUGGGAAUCCACUGUGAAGUCAACCUCCAGAGGGGCAUGCAUGCAGGGGAGAGCUAGAAAGAGAGUUUGUAUUCUGCUGAUUGUCUUGCAAUCAGUCACCACACUCUGAAAUUGUAUUAGGAGCAUACCUUGCUAGCUAGAUGGAAUCCACUGCCUGCUUUAUUGAUUAACGCUUGUAUGAAUAAAUCAUACGCAAGUCUCCAAUUCAAACUGGGAAAGGAUAUAUUGUCUUUCGUAGGAGGAGAUGUUGGAUUUGGGACAUAAGUUUUAAUCUGAUUGGAAAGUGGAAAGCGCAAUACUGGCACAGCUAGCACUCACGGCUAAUUAGGCCACUAGCACCCAAAUUUAGAUCCCAGUGACGACAUCAAAAGUUUCCAAGGCUGAACGAGAGGCUAAUCUCAGGCAAGUUGUCGGAUUCUCCACAGCUAUAGUCACAGGCUACGUUGACUACCUUCUAACACUCGUCAUUGUACCAUCACUGUCUCGUGUUAGCUGGAUAAAGGAGUAUUCAAAAUGGAGAUUAUGGGGCUGAGUAUCUACAUAGCUUUGUGCUCUGUUCUGCUGCUGUUCUUAGGGGCGCCCAGGGCAGAGGGGUGUAGCUGUGAAGGGGCACACCCUCAGCAGCAAUUCUGUAGAGCUUCCUAUGUGAUUGGAGCAAGGGUUCUGAAGAGAGAGUACAUCCCCAAGAAUCCCAGAGGUCUUGGUUUCAGCACGGGACUGCUGGGUUCUGAUCAUGCUGCCAUUGAGCCCCUGGGUGAGAGGACUCGUCCCUACCCUGGAACAGGUCUCCAUCGUCUCCCGGAUGAAAGACUACCAAGCGAGCAGUUUGGUGAUGGAGGCAGACAGUUGCAGGACCUGGAACCCUUGGAACCUCUUCCCUAUCCAGAUGGUCUAGGGCCUCCCAUUCUACCUGAGGCUGCAGAUCCUUUCCAGAAUGAUGGAUUAUUUGCCCCCAUUCCUCAAUCAGAUGGGCUCCAACCCUACCCUCAGAAUGAUGGUCUAGAACCCUUCCCUCAACCUGCUGGACUCCAACCACUCCAGCAACCUGAAGGGCUCCAACCCCUGCCCUUUGAGGGUGGUCCAGAACCUCUAGGUCAGCCUGAGGGUCUCCUACCCUUACCCCAUCCAGAGGGCCUACAACCGCUCCCUGAGGAACCCCACACCCAUGAGGCAUUGCCACCCUUGCCCUUACCAGAGGACAUGAAGCCUCUUGAGGAUACCAUCACAACACUUACAACUCCACCUCCAGAUUUAGUGAUGACAGAUGAAUCCCACACCAUGACAACCCUUCCUCCACAGGAGAAACCUUCCAAUGAAACUGUUCUGUUGGAGCCUACAAUAGGUGCCGAAGAGCCCAUAGCAGAAGAGGAGCGCAUCAUCGACCCUGAGAGCAUGGAGGCCUGGAACUACAAGAUCAUCUACACCCUCAAACUGAGCCACAUCUACAAGACAGGGAUGGGGCAAGAAGGUUGGAAGCUAGGUGAUGAAGUACAGGUUGAUAGCUCUGCUGCCUCUAGUCUGUGUGGCAAGACAGACCUCAAGACAGGAAAGAAUUACCUCAUUGCAGGCGAGUAA